UUUUAUUUAGAGACAGGCGCUGAAAAUCUUCGCCCAUAGCAGAGAGAGAAGCUGAAAAAUACCGAGGUGAAUCGCGGAUCUGUGUGCUCAGUAUCUACAGAAGAGAGGAGUUGGAGUGUUUGUUGAUCAGGUCGCGUGGAUAACAGCGGCUCUGAUCCCCGUGGAGGAGAUUAGUGUCUCCGCUUUUUGGCUCUGAGACGCGGUGAAAGCAGCAGGAGGGGGAUGAGGCUGCAGUCGGAGUCGAGACUGUCUCUGGAUUUUAUGUCGCUUUUAUCUGAACAAAGCUGCAGCUUUCCAACGAGCUUUUCUAUAAGAGUGCAUGCAGAAAGUAGAAGAUGUCCGGUGCGACCGUUAAAUUGUGAAAAACACUGAACUGGGUUUGAAACAAACAGAAAAACAAACAAACAGCAACCACCCAGGCGACAUUGUUACCGUUUUACUGCAGCAGUUUACACUGUAACCUUCAGGGUCACUCCGAGACUUCCUCUCAACAUUAACCUCCUGCAUCAGCCUGCUUUUACUGCAUUUCCAACCAAACUGAAGCAAUGAAGCUGUUGGAGAACUCGAGCUUUGAAGCGCUCAGCUCUCGGCUGUGUGUGGAGACCGGAGACUCGCACAUCCUCGGCAGGAUCGAGAGCUACUCGUGCAAGAUGGCUGGUGACGACAAACACAUGUUUAAGCAGUUUUGCCAGGAGGGGGAGCCACAUGUGCUGGAGGCUCUUUCACCGCCGCAGACCAGCAGUGCCCCGAGUCCUAACCUGUUGGGAAAGAGUGGAGAUGAAGUAGAGAACCCUCUGAGUGAUAAGUGCUGCAGGAAGACUCUGUUCUACCUCAUCACCACGCUGAACGAAUCGUUCCGUCCCGAUUACGACUUCAGCGCCGCCCGAGCUCACGAGUUCAGCCGCGAGCCGAGCUUCAACUGGGUGGCCAAUGCUGUGAACAGCAGCCUGUACUCGUCUGUAGGGGAGGAGUUUAACUCUCUUGGUCCGGAGCUGUGGAACGCCAUCGACCAGGAGAUCAACCUGCAGAGCUGUGACAUUUACAGCUAUAACCCAGAUCUAGAUUCAGACCCUUUCGGUGAGGAGGGCAACCUCUGGUCCUUCAACUACUUCUUCUACAACAAGAAACUCAAACGCAUCGUUUUCUUCACCUGCCGCUCUGUCAGCGUCCUCAGUAGCUACGGUCGCAGUUGCCUUGACAACGAGCUGGACAUGGAGCUGGAUGACGAUGAGGAGGAAGUGGAUGGAUUCAAUGAGGACAGGGUCCCCCGAGCCCUGUGUGUGUAAAUCCAGCUAGAUCAUCAGCUAACAAGAUGUCGCCUUUCUCGUUUCAUUUCUGGAAUCUUUCCUGGAUCUUGACAUCCUGAUGGAUUUCAUUUGUCUGGGCUAUAUAGUGAUUUAAAGAUCAGAUAUUAUGAAAUAGAGUAAUUGUAUUCGGAUUUUCUCUGUCUGCGUAUGGAAGGCUCUUUGGACACUGAGGACCCCUUGUGGAUGUUCUGGAAAUGUUGAGGAAGUUUAGUACAAGAUGGCUGUUUGGCUAAAACUCCACAUGAGCCUAAUCUCUUCACUCUUCUCUUCAUAUCUGACAUUUUAAUUUUUCUUAGGAAGUGAUGUCAGUACAUCUACAUGUCCUAUAUACACCAGCAGUUAAGAUGGGAGGGGCUAGUCAUAGUUGCCUAAUGACCUCUAUCCAGUGAUUUGUGUCUUCAGUUCAGCAUUUUUUUCUGAUUUUUCUGAUCUCUCUGUCUUUAUAUUCUCAUGUUCAUGUUGUGUUUUUAUAUUUUAACUGUGUGUUUUUUAAUUCAAAGAUUUUACCAGAACAGCUUUUAUCGCACUGAACGAAAUAUGCCCUGUUUGUGAAUGUUUCUUGGGGAACCUUCAGGUGUGACUGAUCCUGUGAUGUGAAAUGGAGGUCCACAGGAGUCUUGACUGUCUCACAGAAAUCAAGGGCAUCCUUUCUAAAACUUUUGUACACAAUCAGAUUUGAUUCUGACUUUCAUGGAUUGACUUUGCAUUAAAGGUGAUGUACAAGUUACUUAUGAGACCUGAAGUUGAUGUGAAACUGAUUUAUGAAAUGUGACACUGAUGAAAAUGUUUCUUUUAUGUACACAAACUGAAAUAAAGCUAGUGUAUAUGAAUUUA